AUGGACCUCGACGUCUCUUUGUCCCCGCUGAAGCCAGUGAAUGUAAAUUCCAAAGGCGAUAAGAUCAAGAAUAAGGAUGCCAAAAGGCUGUCUGUCGAAAGGAUAUACCAGAAGAAAACACAGCUGGAGCAUAUAUUGCUCCGGCCUGAUACAUACAUUGGCUCUGUGGAACAAGUGACACAGCAAAUGUGGGUCUUUGAUGAAGACGUGGGACUGAACUUCAGGGAUGUUACGUUUGUACCUGGUCUCUAUAAAAUUUUUGAUGAAAUCCUAGUCAAUGCUGCUGACAACAAGCAGAGAGAUAAGAGCAUGUCAUGUAUCAAAAUUACAAUUGAUUCGGAAAAUAACGUGAUCUCUGUUUGGAACAAUGGAAAAGGGAUUCCUGUUGUAGAACACAAAGUGGAGAAAGUCUAUGUGCCAGCUCUCAUUUUUGGGCAGCUUUUAACAUCCAGCAACUACGAUGAUGACGAGAAGAAAGUCACAGGUGGGAGAAAUGGUUAUGGAGCCAAACUCUGCAACAUCUUCAGUACCAAAUUUACAGUGGAAACUGCGUGUAGAGAAUACCAGAAGCUCUUUAAGCAGACGUGGACUGACAACAUGAGUAAGGCUGGGCAGAUGAUACUGAAAUUCUUUGAUCAGGAGGACUUCACGUGCAUCUCUUUCAAACCUGAUCUGUCAAAGUUUAAAAUGACCGUCUUGGACAAAGACAUUGUGGCCCUCAUGACUCGUAGAGCCUAUGAUGUGGCAGGAGCUGUUAAAGAUGUCAAAGUCUUUUUGAAUGGAAAGAGACUACCAGUCAAAGGAUUCCGUAGCUACGUAGACCUGUAUGUGAAGGACAAGAUGGAUGAAACUGGCAACCCACUGAAAGUUAUCCAUGAAGAAGUAAACAGCCGGUGGGAAGUGUGCCUAACAAUGAGUGAACGGGGCUUUCAGCAAGUUAGCUUUGUCAACAGCAUUGCUACAACAAAGGGUGGUAGACAUGUGGACUAUGUGGCUGAUCAGGUUAUCAAUAAGCUCUUGGAAGUGGUGAAGAAGAAAAACAAAGCUGGUGUUGGAGUGAAGCCCUUUCAGGUGAAGAACCAUAUGUGGGUCUUCAUAAAUACCCUGAUUGAAAAUCCAACUUUUGACUCACAAACGAAGGAGAAUAUGACACUUCAAGCAAAGAGCUUUGGCUCUACAUGCAAGCUGAGUGAAAAGUUUAUCAAGGGGGUGGUUGGUUGUGGCAUAGUGGAGAGCAUCCUGAACUGGGUGAACUUCAAAGCUCAGACCCAGCUCAACAAGAAGUGUUCUUCUGUGAAGCAAACUAGGAUUAAAGGAAUUCCUAAACUGGAUGAUGCCAACGAUGCUGGGAGUAAGAACUCCAUCAACUGUACUCUUAUUUUGACGGAAGGAGACUCAGCCAAAACACUUGCUGUUUCUGGCCUUGGAAUCGUGGGCAGGGACAAAUAUGGAGUAUUUCCCUUGCGUGGAAAAAUGCUCAAUGUCCGGGAAGCUUCUCACAAACAGAUAAUGGAAAAUGCUGAAAUUAACAACCUCAUCAAGAUUGUUGGUCUGCAAUAUAAGAAGAACUAUGAUGACCCAGAAUCACUUAAGACCCUGCGAUACGGAAAGAUCAUGAUCAUGACAGAUCAGGAUCAAGAUGGCUCCCAUAUCAAAGGCUUGUUGAUUAACUUCAUUCACCACAACUGGCCUUCUCUGCUAAAGCACUGCUUCCUGGAGGAAUUCAUUACCCCCAUUGUGAAGGCUUCCAAGAAUAAAGAAGAGGUUGCUUUCUAUAGCAUUCCUGAAUUUGAAGAGUGGAAAACCAAUUUUCCUAACUACAAAAGCUGGAAAGUCAAGUACUACAAAGGUCUGGGUACCAGCACAUCAAAAGAGGCGAAAGAGUACUUUGCAGAGAUGGCAAGGCACCGAAUACCUUUCAAAUACUCUGGCCCUGAAGAUGAUGCUGCGAUCUCCCUGGCCUUUAGCAAAAAGAAGGUGGAGGACCGAAAGGAGUGGUUGACAAACUUCAUGGAGGAUCGAAGGCAGCGGAAACUACAAGGCCUGCCAGAAGAUUAUUUAUAUGGGAAAGCAACCAAUUGCCUGACUUACAAUAGCUUCAUCAACAAAGAACUUAUCCUGUUUUCCAACAUGGACAAUGAACGAUCCAUUCCUUCCCUGGUUGAUGGACUGAAACCAGGUCAAAGGAAGGUUAUAUUCACUUGCUUCAAAAGAAAUGACAAGCGGGAGGUGAAGGUUGCCCAGUUGGCUGGAUCCGUAGCAGAGCUAUCUGCUUAUCACCAUGGAGAGGCCUCCCUGAUGAUGACCAUUAUCAACUUGGCUCAAAACUUUGUGGGGAGCAACAACCUUAACCUGCUUCAGCCUAUCGGUCAGUUUGGCACCAGGCUGCAUGGUGGGAAAGACUCUGCCAGCCCUCGAUACAUCUUCACAAUGCUCAGCCCUUUAGCACGGUUGCUUUUCCCAGCAAUGGAUGACAGUGUGCUGAAUUUCCUAUAUGAUGACAACCGCCGUGUAGAACCUGAGUGGUACAUCCCAAUAAUCCCCAUGGUUCUAAUCAAUGGAGCCGAGGGUAUUGGGACAGGAUGGUCAUGCAAGGUUCCCAACUAUGACAUCCGAGAAGUAGUGAACAACCUUCGACGCAUGUUGGAUGGAGAGGAGCCUCUCCCAAUGCAUCCUAGUUACAAGAAUUUCAAAGGAACAAUAGAUGAACUGGGUCAGAAACAGUACAUAGUCAAUGGAGAAGUAUCCAUUCUUGAUUCCACUACUAUUGAAAUUUCUGAGCUUCCUGCUCGAACAUGGACGCAGGUGUAUAAAGAACAGGUUCUGGAGCCUAUGCUGGGUGGCACAGAAAAAACUCCCCCAUUAAUAACUGACUACAAAGAAUAUCACACGGACACCACAGUCAAAUUCAUAGUAAAAAUGAGUCCGCAAAAGCUGGCAGAGGCGGAAGCAGCCGGUCUCCAUAAAGUCUUCAAGCUACAGACCUCUCUUUCCUGCACCAACAUGGUGCUGUUUGACCAUGUUGGCUGCCUGAAGAAGUAUGAUACGGCAGAAGAUAUUUUGCGAGAGUUCUAUGAGCUCAGGCUGCGCUAUUACGGCUUAAGGAAAGACUGGCUCACUGGGAUGCUGGGUGCAGAGUCUGCAAAACUAAGCAAUCAGGCUCGCUUCAUCCUGGAGAAAAUACAGGGCAUAAUAGUGAUUGAAAACAAGCCCAAGAAAGAAAUAAUAAAGGUGCUUAUUGAGAGGGGUUAUGAGUCUGAUCCAUUGAAGACUUGGAAAGAAUCCCAGCAAAAGGGUACAAAUGAGGAGAAUGAAGAUGAUGAAGAAAGUGGUAAAGAAAAUGAAUCGGCAGUAGGCACUGGGCCCGAUUUCAACUAUCUCCUGAACAUGCCUCUCUGGUACCUAACAAAGGAGAAAAAAGACGAACUGUGCAAGCAGCGAGAUGACAAAGAAGCUGAGCUGGAACAUCUGAAACGGAAGAGCCCUGAUGAUUUAUGGAAAGAAGACCUUGCUGCCUUUGUGGAGGCUCUUGAAGAGCUAGAAGCCAAGGAAAAACAGGACGACAUGCUUGGAGCUGUAGGCAAGCCCAUCAAAGGGAAAGGAGGGAAGCUGAAAGUCAAGAAACUGCAUUUGCCAGAAGUCAUGCCCUCACCACAUGGCAGGAGGGUCAUUCCCCGCGUGACUGAGGAGAUGAAAAUGGAUGCAACAAAGAAAUUAAAAAGGAAAAUCAAGAGUGAAAAAAAUGAGCUUGUUGGGGAUCAAGGAGAGUCACCAGAGUCUGAUAAAGAACCAACAAACCUUAAACAAAGAUUAGCAAAGAAAUUUAAAACAGAGCCAGGUACAAAAAAACAAUCCAUUCUGUCAUUCAAGCAAGUAAAAAAAGAGAAAAGAAACCCAUGGUCGGAUUCAGAAUCAGAAGAGGAUAAUGUGGACAGUGACUCUGAGGUUCAGGAGGAAACAGAUGAAGAUGUCGCCUCUAAAGAAAACGUGAUUCCUGCUGUAAAGCCAAAGGCCACUUCGACGAAAGCCAAGGAAAAUUUGCAAGUCAAAGAACAAGCAAAAGUGUCCAAAGUCCAGAGCUCCAUCUCAACUGAAUUCCUGGACUCUGACAAUAAGCCAGCCACGUCCGCCUCUUCCUUGCCUCCUGCUAGUGUAGGAGGAAAAUUGGCACCCAAGAAAAGAGGUCCAGCCAAGAAACCAAGAAGCUCUGCUGAAGAUAAUCAGCCUACCAUCAUGGACGCUUUCGCCAAGGAAAAGGCAACUGUGAAACCCAGGAAGGUAGCAGCAGUUGUAACUUCAGAGUCUGACGCGGAUAAAGCGGUCUCCAAGAAGCCUCCGCUUGCCAGGACCAAGAAAACCACCAAAAGGAAGCCUGCCUUUUCCUCUUCUGAGGAUUCUGAUGCUGACCUUGAAUUAGUUAAAAAAUCAACAGCACUUAAGAAAUCCAAGGUGGUGGAUGAGUCAUUCUCUAUCAAUUUGUGUUCUGAUGAUGACUUGCCUGCUGCACCUAUAGCCCGUCAAAGGCCAGGCCGGGCCAGGAAGCCUGUCCAAUAUCUGGAGGAAUCAGACGACGAGAUAUGAAAAUGAAGCAGAUCUACA